AGCCACCCUAAUGCUUCAAUCUCUACUUCUCGUUUCGUGAACCAUUUACGCGCGUACGUUCACGUUUCGCGUGUCCUCGACAAUUUCCACGGGUCUCGCAGUGAGCUCCCCGUCCUUCAUUCGGAAUUAUUUGUCGGAAGUCCUUUUCAUUUCCACAGCUCCGUACAAUCUAUUUCACCCUCUCUCUCUCUCUCUCUCUCUCUCUCUCUCUCUCUCUCUCUCUCUCUCUCUAUCCAUCUAUUUAGCUAUCCAACCAUCAAUCUGUUCAUUAUUGAUAUCCUUCUGUCCUCUGUCGUUCCCGCUUUCAUCUUUCAUCUUCCUAGCUCUGUCUUCUGUUCUCUCGGAGUUUGCCCCGUGUCCUCGUUUGUCUUAUCCAAUUGCUCUGGUGCUGUUACAAUUUUCCUCUAGAAGGGCAUCCUUUUCUAGCGCUCUGGGUUAUCGACCGACGCACCUACACUAACCUUAGAGUCAGCGUAGAAUAGUGAGGAGUGCAGUGACUGCAGUCAGUGGCGGCGGCAGUGGCAGCUGAAAAUCGCGUCUUCGGUUAUACAUCUAGUGAUCUAUAGGGACACCCGAGCAUCGUAUCGAGAUAUCGAGCCAUCGAGGGAAGCAGACACUUUGAUAUCAAAAAAAAGAUAAAGCGCGUCGCAUUUCGGGAUGAGAGAGAAACCCAGGAACUUGGCAUUUUCUUAUUUGGUAUUUCUAACGAUAGCUACGUCAUCUCAGAUAUCUGCUGCUUCCCAUUACAAGCACGCGCGCCGGCAUCGUGACUUUGCGACAACGCCCAGCAAUUGGGGCGAUGCAGCUGCGAACCUCCUUGACGGUCCAAAGGAUUUUUCAAUUUUUCCGGCGUCCUCCUCGGUAUCCUCAACGUCGGUGGCAUCCGCAUUACCCACGAGAUUUCUGGAUUCCUCAGCAGCCUCACCUGCGCCACGGCAACCGCAUCAACAGUCACGAAAUCGAAAUCCGUGCCUCGAGAAAUACUGUGGAGCCGGCCGGGAGUGUCAGCUGUCUCUGAAUGGCCACGUGGCCGUAUGCAUAUGUGCGAGGCGAUGCGCGAGAAGGCACAGGCCAGUUUGCGGAAGCAACGGAAAAGUUUAUGCGAAUCAUUGCGAACUUCACCGAGCGGCCUGCAAUGCUGGCUCUCCUCUCACCGCCAGCCGACUAAUGAGGUGUCUACAUCGAGAUGUGCACCAAGAGACGUCAACGGCUUUACCGGCUACUGGCAACGUCCUGGCCUCAACAGCCAGGUCGACAUCGAUACCAGCUACCAAGGCAGAGACUGAUCGUUCGUUCGAAAGAGAGAAUCUCGUGGACAAGGAAAGUUACGAUCUCAAAGACUGCUCGGCCCAAGAGUACGAGAUCAUGAAGGAUAAUCUUCUACUCUAUAACCACGCGAGGCUCAUGGCGCAGGACAAUCAUAGUAAGGAAUACCUCGUGAGCAUUAUGUUCUCGCACUACGAUCAAAACAAUAAUGGUAAUCUCGAACGAGAUGAGCUGGAGCAGAUCGCUGAGCGAGAGGAUCUCGAGCAACUCAGCCGAGGAUGUUCCCUCGGUCAUAUGAUCAGUUACGACGAUGCCGACAAGGACGGUCGGCUCAACAUUAACGAGUUUUACAUGGCCUUCAGUAAACUGUACAGUGUAUCGGUCGUAUCCUUGGAUAAGACUCUGGAAAUCAAUGAAAUAUCCGCAAGAGUUGGUGAUAACGUUGAGAUAAAGUGUGACGUCACGGGAACGCCACCGCCGCCACUCGUUUGGAGACGCAACGACGCCGACCUCGAAGUUCUAUCUGAGCCUGAGGUACGCGUUUUCAAUGACGGCAGCCUCUAUCUCGAACGGGUGCAGCUCAUCCACGCGGGCAACUACACCUGUCACGCCCUCAGAAACAAGGAUGUCGUCCAGACCCAUGUGCUCACCGUUCACACAAUUCCCGAAGUGAGAGUGACUCCGAGACUUCAGUCGAAACGUCCCGGAGAGGAGGCGACGAUGUGGUGUCACGUCGUCGGCGAGCCGUUGCCGAGAGUGGAGUGGCUCAAGAACGAUGAGCCUUUGCGCGAACAGACGGACGUCGGGAACAAGUACGAAGUCGUUGGAAACGGUACUCGGCUCAUCGUCAAGGGUAUCGGAUACGCCGACACCGGUGCCUACAUGUGCCAAGCGACGAGCGUUGGUGGUAUCACGCGAGACAUCAGUAGCCUUGUCGUGCAGGAGCAACCAACUCCUACAGCGGCGGCAAACGAGGAGCGAAGAUUUUUCUCAUUUCACAAUCGAGGAAUCUCCGUCUACGAACCAUCGACCUGCCGUCUAUACCAUCAGAUCAAGUCGACGGACGUUAUUCCGGGCACACGGGAAUACGUUUGCGGAGAAGGGGGAGUCUCUUGCUCGUGGGGUCGUGCAAUUAAUGUGGCCAAUCGCUACGUGUACGUUAGCCAGCCGAAAAAGGAUCGUGUGCUCGUCAUUAGUAAGAUCCAAAUGGUCGUCGUCGACGUUGUCAUCACGGACAAGUAUCCUGUCGAGCUAGAAUACGCCGCUGCUCUGGAUCAGGUUUGGAUUUUGAAUUGGCGCAGCGAACGAGACAUCGGUAUCAAAACUGUUCAGGUGAUCAGGGAUGCAGCCCAAAAGAGGAAACACCAUACGGUUCAUCCCGAACCGAUCGACGGACACUUUGAUCUCGUGCGCGGUCUCUACAUACCGGAGAGACAGGACAUUGGGCAUGUGUUCAAGUAUGGCUACGUUACGCAUACGAAUCAACGCGGUAUGUACAAAUUGGACUUGGCGAAUAUGCGGUACACUCGCAGCGCCGACCUUGCUCCUUAUAAUUGCGUACCGAGGAACAUUCAAUUUCCGGCACUCUAUGGAUUCGUUGUGCUCGAAUGCGAGGAACCAGUAACCGCUCGAGCUACCGGACAACUCCUUCUGGAUUACCUCACUGACACCGUACUGGCCCACAAACCGGCCCUCGUAGGGAAGCCGCUCGUCUCUCCGGAUUCGAGGCACCUCGUAACUUUCGACAAGCAGGGCAGCGGCGUCCUUCUUGUUGUUCAAGAAAUAUUACCAACUGGCCUCAAAUUUGCCUUUGAUGUCAAGACGACGCUUAAUAUCAGCGACAUCGCAUUCUAUCCAUCGCAAACGACACACGGAUACGAUCUCUACGCCUCCUCCAUUGACAAGGAAGAUAUCCUCUUCUUAAACUUAGCAACCGGCAAAGUCGAAAUGAUCACCGGCGUCGGAAAAGCCAUGCCAACGAAUAUGACAAAGUGGGGAAAUCCAAACAGACCGAUCGUCGAGAGCGGUAUAUUUGGCCAGUACAUGGUGAGCCCGUCGAACGAAGCACUCUUCGUGUUAAAUGGAGAAACGCGAACGGUCAACUGUGAAAUCGGAGGACUUACGCAUCCCGGUGCUGUUGUGUGGUUCACCGUUUCGCUCCAUUGAUUAAUCACAUUACUCAUCAUCUAUCCAUUCGUCAUAUUGUAUCAUUCGGUCUUUCAUCAUUCGAGUAAUCUGUACUCACAGUGUCGCCUCUUAAUCAGCAGUUCUCCAUGAAUUUCACUAAUGCACCAAGGAGAGCAAAUGUUCGCUGACUAUCGGUGCGAUGUUAUUUUAAAUGGCAGGGUGCGAUGGCAAAGUAUGACACCGCGGAGUGGUCGAAACACGAUGUAACACACAGAUCUAGUCAUUUUCAAAUAAAAGUCAAGAAAAUAAGCGUAUAAGAAGAAAAAUAGACUGAAACAUGAAAAGAAAAAAAAACUACGUAUCUACGUAAUUAGUGAUGUCGUUGAAACAAUGCUGCCAGUCGAUUACAAUAUGUGAACAAUAUCAAGAUCGCGCGACUCUUCAGAUAUAUCAUCUUCACGCUAAUUCUUAAGAGACUCAUGCACGUGUAUGAGUAUAUGCAUACGUGUCAUGUAAAUCUAGAAGAUGCCAUGUCGAUUAAACGCAUGCAUUUUUAUUGAAAUCCUUAUGCACUUGUCACGCAAAUCUAUGCAUAUGCAUAUACAAACGCAUACACAAUACGCAUUCAUUCAUAACUAUAUAAAAUCGUAAAAAAAAAUAGCAUUUUUAUGAAGAACUAGUGAAAAAUCGCCUGACUUGAGAUAUGUAAUGUUAAUGUUAAGUAAAGCGGGGGGGGUCAUCAGUCUUCAUGUUGGACGAUGAAGAAUGAAGAAAAUAUUUAAAAUCUGUACUUUGCUUUGACGAAUCGAGGUCGAGGCGUGUGUCUCUGUGCAUGAACUCGUGCUGGUGACAAAAAAAAACGAACGACGAGAUGAAAGGGCAAGAGCUGCGAGAAAAAAGGACCCAACGAGAAUCGAGUAAUUAAAAAAAGAAAUGUAAACGAAGGCUCCGGAUGACAUUCGUGCAGCUGGACGAUAAUUAUAGGUACUAAGUGUACAUGUUAUAAAUAAAAGUUGAUCUUUUGAUAUA